AUGCCACAAGAAGACAUCGUGGCUUACGCACGUGACGCCGCCGGUCGCGGCGUCGACCUUUUCGCCCUGCUCGGCACCGACUCAACAGCAACAGAGGCCGAGAUCCGCCGCGCCUUCCGCCGGAAAGCGUUAACCGCCCACCCGGACAAGGCGGGGAAGUCAUACGACCCAGCCUUGUACGAAGGGCUCGAGCGCGCGCGCGAUGUGCUCGUCGACCCGACGGCCCGCGAGGCCUACGACAGCUGCAUGCGCGCCGCGCUGCAAAAGAAGAUGCAGCUGGAGCAGAUGUCGGAGCGGAGGCGGCAGCUUGUCGAGGAUCUGGAGCGGCGCGAGGAAGAGGCCAGGCGCGCCAGGCACGGCGAUUCCAAGUCAAGAGGCCCGGACCCGGAGAGAGCGGCCAUGGCUGCGCGAGGCCGAGCCAAGUUGGAGGAGUGGAUGCGGCUGCGGAGGGAGGCUGAGAGGGAGGCUGAGGAGCGGGAGCGCCUGGCGAGGGGUGAGGAGGUGGCCACGGCGGCAUCUACGGACAACAAGCCAUCGCAGACUUCUGCGGAGGACCAGCCAGCUGCAUUCCGGACACCACAGGACGACCAUCGCACACCAUCACCGACCGCUGAGGAGCUUGACAACCGGAUCGCCGAGCUGGAGGGGCGUUUGAAGGAGGCACAACAGCACAAGGCCAUAAAGCGGGAGCGAAAGGCCGAGGAGAAACGAGACAGGGCCGAGAAGAAAGCGAAGAAGGCCGAGACAACACUUCCACGAGGGUCUCGAUGGGCAUCGGCCUCAGGUAGCCCUCCAUCACCUUCCACAACAGCAGGGCCGCGGGCUGACGAAGACGGGCGCCCUCAACCCGUCACAACCCCGCCAUCGUCUGGCCAGACGUCGACUGGCGGAGUUUCCAGAGCACGCGACGGCUUUGCGUCCGUUAUGGCCAGGUUACGGGCUGCGCAAGCGGCAAGGAACGAGGAAAGGAGGAGCAGGGCCGAAGCAGAGCGGCGCCCACUGGCUGACGAAGACACGGUACCCAAGCCCCCGGAAACCAGGCCGUCCACAUCCCCGGGGCUGCCGCCGGUGCCGAAUGAUGGUGUCAAUUAG